GUACGUUUUCACAGCAACAUGAAGUUUUUGAAAACAGAGCGUUCAAGAAAGAUAUUUUUCAACAGCUUCACCAUUCUUGGUCUGGCAAUAUUCUUCAGCAAGCCUCUGUAUGAUAUAGGAUAUGCGUUGUUCCGAUCUAAUCCGACCACAAAUCGCCCAAUUGCUGGUACUACUGCACCUGUUAUGAAAGAUGUAGAUAAAGGCAGAUCAUAGAGAGCAGUAGCAGUGGGCAACAUCUCCAACCAUGGCAACCGUAAAACGAUUCCAUGCCGUGGUGUCAGAAGCGGCAAAUUUUGCAACCAUCCCAGAAUGCAAAGCAGAGAUUGAUGAAGUAUUAAUGUUUGUUGAGCAAGUUGAAAAUAUGGGAGUGGAUUAUUUGGAAAAGCUCUCUCUUGAAGUUAUCUGCCACAUACUUGGUUACCUCCCUUUGCGAGACGUCCUCAAACUGGAUCAUUUAAAGAAGAAGCUUCACGAAGCCGUCUCGAUGCAUCUGCGAGUGUGCAAGGCCAUAGAUUUCACAGAAGGACAGUUAUACGCAUAUCUGACUGGCAGCCUAACAGAUGUCAGUCUCAGUCAUCUGCUGUCCCGCUGCUCAGAGUUACGUUACAUCUACGGCUUCCACCCGGUCAGCAUCUCUAAACGACGUACCCGUGGGUCGAAGCAGCUGAGUAUCCCUGGGGUGAUUGACGCCCUCUCACUCAUAACAGACCUCCGCGGAAUCGAGAUCUCCAGCAUUUUUCUCCUCGAAGCUAUCCUGACUUACUUGCCACAGGUUGAGGUUCUGGGCACUUUCAAAAAUCGCGACCGGGCGAUCCCCAUUCCACCUAUGAAUCGUAUCGUCCUCCCGGUCAACCCUCGUAUUACCUCCCUCAACCUUAAAGGUGUCGUCCUUCCUGAGUUACCGCGGAUGGACUUCGUCAAGCAUAUUCACCUGCACUGGGUCAAACUGAACCAGCACCCAUUCAAAGAUUUUGGUGCCCCCAUGCUCCAAACGUUUGUCAUGUCGAACUGUGCUGGACCCACGAAUGCACUGAAGUAUGUACCACUGAUGACUGGGUUAGCUGCUGCCAGAUCUCUCACUCGAUUGGUCCUCAUUCGAGUGCCAUUUUUAGGAGGCCUUAUCCAGCACUUGGUGGAGGAUAGCUGGAGGAUGGGUGGCUUCCGUGGGUUACAAGCUAUCACCUUAGGGGCCUGUAAACAUGCUCUGGAGGUGGACUUAGGUUUCUUAGCUAUGACAUGUGCCUUCAGAUUAGAAGAACUCUCCAUCCAACCAUCUCUGACCAAAGACAGUUUUUUCUCUGCGCUAAACAUGGCGGAAUCGAUUUUCCCUCAUUUAGACUCACUGGUACUGGGUUUUGUGGAUUCUUUCCCAGAGUCUGGUAAAUGGACCAAUGAGGAACUUAUGUUGCACGGACUAGCUGACAUCACAGAGAACCCUGCAAUGAUAACAGACAUUGGCAUGAAGGCUGCAGGUGAGGUGUUCCAUACAGUGAGAAGGCUGGAGAUCUACAACUGUCCACAUCUUCAUUACCCUACGACCUGGUUCAUCCAAGCACCUGGCAGCUGGUGUCGGCUAAGGGAGCUUACUUUGCGGCGUUGCCAUGCCAUUCGUCUUCCUGAUUUCUCACGCUUCAUCACCAUGCUGCCCGUCCUGGAGAGUUUACACCUGGAGGCCAUGUUCAGCGAACCUCCGAAGGGGUGUGCCAGGGUGGGUCUUAGCGCGGGCACAGGUUUAGGGGUGUCUUCAGCCCUGGUCUCCAACACAAGCAACGAACCAGGCAAUAACGACGAUGGUAUUCCUGAUGAUGAAGAUGACCCUAUCCCAGUGAACAACAACAAUGAUGGCGAGCCGGCGAUACGGGACUCCCAGAACAACAGUGGAGAAGCAACCAAUGGUGAUGAGGAUGACAUAGGUGCAAGGGCAGGACCAUCCAAUGAAAGUAGGGGAGACAGCUCUAAGCCAGGUUCCUCCAAUCAAGCAGCAGGAGAUCCGAUGGACAUCAAUGGACAAGAACGUAAAGAAAUUCCUAAUGAUGGAAGUGAUGGAUCUAAUGAUGGCUCCCCAAACUGCUCGAGUUCUUCAGCACAGCUUCCAGCUGAAGAUGAUCAAGGACAAUCAUCGAUUUCAGGGCUGAUCCAAAAUGAUUCUAAUUCCACGACUGAACAGUCUCAGGGUACCUCUUCUAGUUUAUGUGCUGAAGAAACUAAUGUUAAACCACCAGGUGCUACAAGGAAUGAACAAAAUCCAGCUACAACCCAGAAAACUGACGAGAAGGAAUGUGACGAUGUACCCACAGCUUCUACACCUUCUAAGAGCGAUGUAUGUUCAACCCCAGCUGGGACAACUACUGAACCCGGCUGCAGCUGUGUCGUUUGUAAGCCAGAAGGUAGCCCAGUACAGCAGUUAGGGGUCUACCUGACCAAGCCUAAUGGCACACCUUUGGAGGGCCAAGGGCCUCCAAGAACAACAUUUCAAGGGCUCGGGGCUCAUAGUAGACCUAACAAGCCCCUCUGUGUGAACCUGCCUCAGCCAGCGCCAAAUUCUAUGGGAACUGACCCUUGGACUUGCAAUCCCACAGAAAUGUGGGACAGAAAUGCUGCAAUCAGUGCAAGACCUGAACACCCGAUGACCUCAGAUAAGAAUCAAAACCAGGACAGCAUGCCCAAGGGCUCUUCGUCUGUGUGUGCAGAUGCUACAACUUUUGCCACAAAUUGUACGUCUUCAGGAACAAAUUCCACACCUUUAAACACAAACUAUCAACAGCAAGUUAGUUACACAACUUCCAACACCAAUUUCACACCUUCAAGCUCACAUUCAUCACCUUUAGAAACAAACUUCAGACCUUCUCAAUCAACUUCCAUACCUACUUAUUUAGAUUCAAAUUGCAUGCUGAACAUAGUCUCCAAACCAGAUACAUGUCAUCUGGAACCAAAAAACUGUGUUGACCUCCAGCCAACCCAAACAACUUCCUUGGAACAGCCCAUGAUGUCUACCUCUCAGAGAAUGCAUGCUUCUCAAACAAACCCAAAUUCUCAGCAAAAAGAACUGAUGGUGAUGCAGCAAAGACAGAAUGCUAGCAGUGCCAAGGCAGUCAACAAAGGAAGAGUUCCUAGAGCUAGUGCAGAGCCUUCGAUGAUAAGGAUGGCCGACAGUACUGAAGGUUUCGAGUUUCCAACAACCAGUUCAUCAACCAGUUCGACAUUGGUGGAUAGGCGUGAUGAGGAGAAUGGCCCACCCAAGCGCAAAUGCCGGAAAACUGAGGAUAAGACUCAUAUUGAAAGUAAAGGGGAUUUGUCCCCUGAUGAAGCUGUAUUGGAUGGGUCCCCUUUUGCGGCUGUAAUAGACGGGUCCCCUGUUGAAGAUGUGGUGGAUGGGUCUCCUGUUGAAGCUGUAAUGGAUGAAUCCCCUGUUGAAUCUGUAAUGGAUGAGUCCCCAGUUGAAGAUGUGGUGGAUAGGUCUCCUGUUGAAGGUGUAAUGGAUAAAUCCCCUGUUGAAGCUGUAAUGGAUGAGUCCCCAGUUGAAGAUGUGGUGGAUAGGUCUCCUGUUAAAGCUGUAAUGGAUGAAUCCCCUGUUAAAGCUGUAAUGGAUGGGUCCCCUGUUGAAACUGUAAUGGAUGGGCCUUCUAUUGAAGAUGUGAUGGGUGGAUCCCUUGUUGAAGCUGUUAUUGAUGUACCCGCUGUAGCUUCAUCUUCUAGUCAAGGUCCUCAUAAGAUAAUUCACAGCUCUUCCAGCUCCUCCUCAGCUGGUGUUAGUCAACUGCAUGAAGAAUAUCGCAGAUCUGCUGUCAAAGGGAAAAGUAAAUACAAGGGAAAGGGAAAAGGCAAAGGGAAGAGGUCUGAAGACAAGGUUCUGAAGGAUCUUGAACAAUGCUUUGAAAUUUCUCAGGAAAAUGAGAAGCCUGCUUCUGCAUGCCUUAAGCAGAUGUCAGAUGAAACGUUUGAUACAGGUGGUAUGGGGAUUGACUUUGACAUGGACUCGACCAGCAGUUCUUGGUCGUUCACAGAAGGGCUUGUUUCCUGUACUCCAGAGCCCGAGAAACUUUGUCCAGGAUCAUGGGAUGGCUGUAAAGAUGAUGGGGUAGGGCCAUUUGCUAGUGUGCAGGAAACUCAAGGUCAAAAUUUGCCAGCAGGUCAAAGUUCUUGUAUCCUGGCAAAAAAUGAGGCAGACCUUCAAACAGCAGAGAACCAGCCACCAUAUGACAAUGAAAUUGUUGAGCCUGUGAAAAAAGUAACGAUAAGUGGUGAUACGUGCAGUGCAUUUGUGUUGACAGAGUCGGAAUUUGAAGCUCAAAGUGGCAACAGUAGUAUUAUGAUAGAAAAUGGAACUCUGAAGUUGUCCAAGGAAGGCAGUCUGGAUUGCACGGCCAGGUCUUCCGGAUUGUCACAAAAUUUUGAACAAGGCCAGUCUUCACAAACCUCGGGAUAUGAUUUGUCAGAGUUUAACAGCAGCCCACAGCCCAAAUCUCCAUCUUCUACUAGAAUAAAUGACUUGCCAAAGGGAAGAAACUCACAGUUGACCAACUGUGGGUCGAGCACGAGCAAAGUGAACAAGGGCAAAAGCUUGAAAGGGAAAAAGCGAAGCUUCGUGAAACAUUCCAGUGGGAAAGUGUCCCAGUCUUGCCAAGCUGUCAGCGAAGAAAUCAGAGAAACGACAAAAAAAGCCAAGGAAAAUGAAGACAUGGGGCGGUCUCCGUCAGCGCGGAGAGCCUCCAGUAUAUAUUUUGGGACUUCAUCCUCGACUUCAAUGGACAAGCCCACGGUUGGGAAAGGAGAUGAUGGAAUUAAUGGCACCAACCUUGUGUCAGGUCAGCCUGCUCCAAGUCAGUGCAGUCAGACCGUGAAACGACCGCUGAGAAAACCCAACACGUGCGACCAGGCGACUAGCACCAGUGAUCCUGUCAUUGAAGAUGACCAUGUUCAGGUUCUUACAAUUCGUUCCAGAAGUUUGGUGACUUUAACCUUACACUGUGUUGGAGUUACUGAUGUUUUUCUACAAGACUGUCCAUCAUUAGCAACCAUCCAGGGAACGUCGUGUCGCGUGUUGAAGAAAAUUAACAUUAACAGAGCUCCAAAAUUGUCUCGAGUCACAUUCGCCCAGUGUAAGAAACUAGACGAGAGACACCUCGUGACAGAAGUCUGCAAGCAGCCUAGCUGUGAAAGUCGGACUAUUUUUAUACGGCCACUGAAAGAGCUGCACAUGGAGCCCCUGGAGAGAUAUCUAUUCAGGACGUCAGGGUUAGACUACCACAUGUGCCUGGUGAAGGACAACAGCCCCACCCCAGCCAGCACGAUGUACAACAGAACCAGGGUCGGCGACUGGGAUGAUCUCCUACACAGGAUCAGCUAUGACCUAACCUAUCCUCCGUGGGAUUUCCCACUGGCCAAUGGGAAGCGAAAUCGACAGGGAAACACUAGAUACCCCUGGGGACGAAGAAUCUAUAACAUGCAAGGUAGAAAUGCUGAUGAUAGCACCUGGGAUUUGAUGACAGAUAUUCCCUGGUUACGGUUGCUCUCUGAAUGCCCUGAUAUCAGCAGUUCUGAUGUCAGGGGCUCAAAUCUAUCAGCUGCAGAUCACAAAGAGGGAUUGUAUUGCCGAAAGGCCAAAGGUCACAAGACCAUCACAGAUGUAAUGAAGAUGAUCUCUGAGCAAGUCGUUGAACUGCGAGAGGCGAAAGUUCCACUGUAUCACCAAUCUGUGAUUGUGUACAUUAACACAAGUGACAUGAAUGGGAUGCCUACACCGGAUAUGUAUUUCUGAUCAACUGUGUGAGGGUUUCAGUGAAGGGGAUGCCUACACCGGAUAUGUAUUUCUGAUCAGCAGUGUGAGGGUUCAGCGUGAACGGGACGCCUACACCGGAUUUGUACUUCUGAUUGGCUGUGUGAGGGUUUCAAAGUCAAGGGGAUGCCUACACCAGAUAUGUAUUUCUGAUCAGCUGUGUGAGGGUUCAACGUGAACGGGACGCCUACACCGGAUUUGUAUUUCUGAUCGGCUGUGUGAGGGUUUCAAAGUCAAGGGGAUGCCUACACCGGAUAUGUAUUUCUGAUCAGCUGUGUGAGGGUUCAACGUGAAGGGGAUGCCUACACCGGAUAUGUAUUUCUGAUCAGCUGUGUGAGGGUUCAACGUGAAGGGGAUACCUACACCG